AUGCGUUUACUAUCAACUCGUCGCCUAUUAGUUUUAUUGAUUAUUGUUACUUGUCGUCUCAUCUAUAUUUACUAUAAACACAAAUCAAUGGCAAUAGAACCUAAGAUACCGCAAAUUCUGCCAUCAAACAGUAUCAAAUCAUUACUCAAACAAUUUUUCACUCCUGGAAUCACAUUAAAAGAAAUUCAAAACUGUUGGAAUCGAUUAAUGAGUGCCUGGGAGAAAGUCCUGAUGAAAUUUCUCACUGACGGAUGUCAACACUGUCACCAUGAUAUUUAUAACAAAUGUUAUACUUCAAUUGAUCUUCAACUCUACAUCUUUUCUUUGAAUAGAUCAUUUUAUCCGUACGAUGAACGUAUUCGACCGAAUGGAAUUGGUUUGUAUUAUAAUUUUAACUUGGAAUUAAUUCGUUCGGGAAAUCAUUCGAUUCUAUCAACAAAUGUUAAUAUUUGUGAUUAUUUUCGUAUGAUACAAUUAUUGAUGCAUGUACAAAGUAUUCUUCAUAGAUUAAACAUAGGAUAUUUUAUAACAAAAGGAACUUUUAUUGGUUCAUUACGACAUCAUGAUAUUAUACCUUGGGAUGCUGAUAUAGAUUUUUUUAUUUCUCAAUCAUCGGCGUUCAAACUGAAACGAGCUUUUCAACAAAUGAAUCGGUUCAUCGAUUCAGAUAAUGGAGAGACUUUUGCUAAUAUCAAUGAAAAUGUUGAUCUGAACCAGAAAGUUUAUUCCAGUGAACCGUUGUAUCAACAGGAUCUUUUUGUUCAUCAAUUCCAAAACACUCGUCGUGUCACAUCAUAUAAAGUUUUCUCGAUUCAUUCAACUCGUGUCGAGGGUACCUAUUAUCGAUGGCCGAAAAUCGAUAUUUUCCCGUAUCAACAAAGUCGUACACACGUAUUUGCACAUCCCCGACAAGAUCAUAAUCUUGGCACAAUGAAGUAUCUCGCUAAGACCGAUAUCGAACCGUAUCAUCUCCGAUUGUUAGGCCCUUUAUUGCUGCCCAGUCCACGACACAUUCAUCCCACGCUCAAAGCUAUGAUACGAUCGGGAAAAUCAGAUGUAUUCAAUGUUUGUGAAGGCAAUAAAUUUUUACAUCGUGAAAAUCGUGCUACAACUGAUCUACGGCGUGUUCCUUGUUAUACCCUGACUUCACAUUAUCCUUUCGUUAAAAGUGGCUACAAUUCAAGUAGUAAUUUGUGCUCAGAAGCAGUCGUAUUUAAAGAAAAGACUCAUAGUUUGUUUUUAUAUGAAUGUAAGGAAAGUCUUCGACGAACAUUGGAUUAA